ACGAUUGCCAUUCAAAGAUUUUGGUCUCGCCAUCUGUCGGCGCGCCACUCAACUUUGAGCUAUUUAAAUUAAAAUGGCUACACCGGCGAAAAAACGUGAGGUUGAUAAUGAUGCGAAAGAAAAUGAAAAAGUGGAUAGUAAUGAUGAAAAUAGUGAUGAAGGUGAAGAAGAUUUAAAUGAUGAACAGGGGAAGAAGAUUAUGGUUGAUUUCGUCGGACGUAUACCUGAAGACUCUGAUUUUCAUGGAAUUAAAAAUUUGCUUCAACAAUUAUUUUUGAAAGCACAUAUUAAUAUUCAAGCUUUGGCUGAUUAUAUUAUUUCACAUAAUUAUGUAGGCUCUGUUGUUAAACAAGGAGUUGGGGAUGACGAUGAUGAUGAUGAUGAAGACGAUGACGAUGAUGUUAAUGAUGUUUAUGGAGUUACUAGUAUUAUUAAUAUAUCUCAGGGACAGAAUGAAGAAUGUAUUCAACAACUGAGAAAUCUUUUGAAAGAAUUAGCAAGUGAUUAUGCAACUGAUUCAACUAAUGCGAUGAUCAAAAGUAUUUUGGAAAACGAUUCAGCAGCUCUAGGCUUAAUAAUCAAUGAAAGAUUUAUUAAUAUUCCGGCAGAUAUUUCAGUGCCACUUCUUGAAAAUUUAGUGUCUGAUAUAAAAAAGGCCAAUGCCAAAAAAAUGCCAUACGACUUUCAAUAUUAUGUUUUGAUUUCUAAAUUGUAUAAACCAAAGACAAGUGCAAAGAAAUCUACAAAGAAAAAAGGAACUGAGGAACCAGAAGUAUUUUGGAGCAACCAAGAAGAAGAAGUACUUGAGGAAGAUGCACUAUGUACGUUUGAAUUCUCAGUCGAUAAAGAAUCUGAUACAGGAAUUUCAGGAACAUGGGCAGAAGAUGAUGAUGAAAUGAUUCCCUAUAGACGUGUGAUGCUCUUUGAAGCAUCAAAGCUACAACCAAUGAUUGAUAAAAUUAAAAAAUUUAUUGCAAAUUAAUUCGAACAUUUACAUGGCUUGUAUGCUUCUCCAUCGACGCUUAUAUAAUAAGAUAAUGAAAACAUGAUUUUUUUAAUGUACAUAUAUAUAAAGAUUGAUAGGUGCGUGAGCUGGAAAUCACCUAUUUUUUUAUCUACGUUGCAAAUUGGAUGUUGAAUGCAUUGUGCAUUUUAAUUGAGCUGAGUAGACAUGUCUGGAAAAUUAAGAGAUUGUCUGACGGGUUUAGCACGUCUUCUCAUUGUUCCAAGUAUGUUUAACAUCUCUGAAACUGCAGCUGGAGCGCUUUCCAUUUCUCGCUUUCUUCGACGUUCCUCUUCUCUCUGCUUCUGUAUAAGAAAAAAAGGCAUUCAUGAAAUAAAUGAAAUUUUAUACUUGUCUUGAUAAA